CAAUUCUCAUUUUUUUUCCUUUAAUUUGAUUGGAGAAAAUAAAGUUGAUUUCAUACGGAAAACACACAGGCGCUGCAGAGAAGGGGAUGGAGGAAGGCACAGGAAUAGUGAAGCACAUACUGCUGGGAAAGUUUAAAGAUGGCCUAUCUGAGGAGCAGGUUGAAGAAUACAUUAAGGGAUAUGCUAGCCUCGUCAAUCUUGUUCCUUCCAUGAAGGCUUUCAGAUGGGGUAAGGAUGUGAGCAUUGAGAACAUGCAUCAAGGUUUUACUCAUGUCUUUGAGUCAACCUUUGAAAGUACAGAAGGCAUUGCCGAGUAUCUUACUCAUCCGGACCACGUUAAAUUUGCAAAUAUGUUACUUCCUCAACUGGAGAAAGUCAUUGUUGUUGACUACAAACCCACUGCAGUCCAGCUCUAAAUCAAUGUGGUCAUGACAUUGUCUCUAGUUUUUUUGUGUUCCUGUUUCUGAAUAAAAGUUUACCCCUGCAAUUCCAACCAAUUGGGAUACUUUCUCAUUUAAUUGUUGGACCUGUCUUGUAAGCUUGUAGCUCUGUAAUGUGUCAGUGAUCUGAAUCUCUUGAUGCUAAUUGCGCAGAAUUAUAGUCCACAUUCUUCACCUUGUAUAAAUCGUCCCCAGAGUUUGAAAACUAUAAUUUAGCUAAAACAAGAAAAAUUCUUAGCUGA